CACGCCGUUGUAAUACACCGAAGGGUAGGGUGGUGGUUCUCCACCCCCAAAUUAUUAGUCACGCACAGCCCUUACUCGCGGGCGAGUUGAUCGCGUCGGCGUCGUUCGCGCCUGUUGUCACCGACGCGCCGUUGAAUGCCCGGCCGCGACUCGACAGAGAGAGAGACUCCGGCGUCGUUUUCUCCCUACCAUUAUCCGCGCCGGGAGCAACGCCCAGCGGAGUUAUUCGCAUGUGUUUCGAGUGUCCCUGCGCGAAAACUCGGCUGACAGACAGAAAAGACUUCCCGCGAGAGCCGCCCGCGAAAGAUUUCCGCGGACGCUCGCCUUUGUCGCUUGUUCCCUUCCCCCCAAGUUGUGCCCGUCAUAUGAUUCAAGUGGAUUGCCCGGACAAUUAAAGUCAGCUGAGUCAGCAGUAUCAAAAUGGCUUGGCGUUUCAAAGCGUCCAAAUACAAAAAUGCAGCGCCGAUCGUUCCCAAGCCGGAGGCUUGUAUUCGGGAUAUCUCCGUGGGAUCGUAUCAGACCUACGGGAAUAAUAUAACAGCAUCGGCGGCAUUCAUGGCAUUCAAUGUCGAUCAUAACGGAUCCAGCUUAGCGGUAUUGCCGCUGGAGGAUUGCGGCAGAAAGAGUAAGACUAUGCCGCUGCUUCAUGCACACGCAGAUACUGUGACGGAUAUGGAUUUUUCUCCAUUUCACGACGGCUUGCUGGCAACUGGAUCUCAGGACUGUCUGGUGAAGUUGUGGCACAUCCCAGAAAGUGGCUUGGAAGAAUCCUUGUGCAAUCCAGAAUGCACAUUCUCUCAUCGUCAACGAAGAGUGGAAACAGUAUGCUGGCAUCCUUCUGCCGAACAUCUUCUGACCACUUCGUCAUUCACCAAUCUCUCGCUCUGGGACGUUCUCUCACAACAGGAAUUGUUUUCUAAUAACGACCACACCGAAGUUAUUCAGUCUGUAAGUUGGAAGGAGGACGGUACCGUUCUAGCGACGACCUGCAAGGACAAACAAUUGAGGAUUAUAGAUCCGCGCAUGUCGACGUGUAUCGUCAAUUCAUGCUCGAGCCACCAGAGUAUCAAAGAUUCCAGAGUAGUCUGGCUAAACAGCGAUAGAAUACUCACCACAGGAUUUGAUGCGGCGAGACUUCGUCAGGUUUACAUUAGGGACUUGAGGCAUUUAAAUGAGCCAAUGAAAACAUUGGAAUUAGAUUGUAGUACUGGUAUUUUGAUGCCGCUUUUCGAUUCCGACACAAAUAUGCUCUUCCUCGCUGGCAAAGGAGACACCACUAUCAUGUACAUGGAAGUCACAGAUAGAGAUCCUUAUCUGGUAGAAGGGAUCCGUCACAGCGGUGAGCAAACUAAAGGAGUAUGCCUGGUUCCUAAACGAGCAUUAAAUGUAAUGCAGGCUGAAGUUAACAGGCUGUUACAACUCACCUCCAACAUGGUGAUUCCUAUCAUGUAUCAAGUUCCACGAAAAACAUACAGAGACUUUCAUGCAGACAUUUAUCCGGACACAACUGGUCCCGUUGCUCACAAUAAUGCAUUGGCAUGGAUGAAAGGUCUUAAUGCACCUGUACCAAAGAUAUCGCUAGAUCCUGCUAAGAGAAACAAAGGCGAAGAACCGAUUACUGUACACAAAGGGAACUUAGCGGUGCUCAAAGACAAUCAGCGCGAAAUUAAAGUAGAACAAACGAACCGGCCGCCGAAGCCCUUGGUCAUUACCGCGCCGAAAGGAUUCACGAAAGUGCAGAUCAACGCGAACGAAAAUGACAACAGUGUUGAGAAGAAUGACAAUGCAGAUACCGAGAAGAUUGAUGAUUUGAAAAAGCCAGCCGAGGCGGAAGAAGAAAAGACCAAGAUACAGAACGGGGGACAAGCCGUUCCACCGAAACCUUUGCCGAGAGCGUCAAGAACCAACAGUAUCUCCGAGGAGGAGCCAAAACCAGUGGCACGUCCCCGUACAUCGCCGAAUCCCGGAUCAGUAGUCACAUCGGUGAAUCCUAACGCGAUCGGCGGAUAUAAGCCCCGACUUGGUCCUAAACCGUUUCAAGCAAAGUCCAGCAGCCAGGAAUUUUCAUUUGACAAGGUCUUCUCUGUACCAAUUGCACCGAACAACGACAGCAACACCAAUGGUUAUCAGAAUGAAAUUAACAAUACAGUAGAGCACAAUGCCGUAGAGCACAAUACGGAAGCGGAUAAAUCCCCGACGUUGACACCGAAUGAGCGUGCAAAGGAUACGGAAAAUGGCAAGAGCGACUCGAGCUCCAUUGAGGAAGAUGCUAAUUCAAGCGACUCCGGUUACAAGCCGAAGACACCGAGCACCGCGGAAAGGCGCAAGGUGUUCGAGACGAAGGUGAAGGACGAGUCGCCCGAGAACGAGGACAUUGGGAAUUUCGAACGCGGCUCGAACAGGAACUCGAUCGCCGAGAGGCGGCGCCUUUACGAGAGCCGAUCUGUGUCUGUCACCGACGGGAAUUUGGCGGAGAAGGCGAUGGGUUCGCCGACCAUGCUGCGACGAAGAGAUUCCUUCAAGGCGAAGAGCGAGGUGAUUAAAGAGGACGAAACGAAGAAGAGCAUUCCCAUGUUGCGACAGCAGAGCAUGGAUCCUAAACUGGAAAAGGUGGAGCCCGUUGUAACGCCAGUUUCAAAAAGGACGUCGACAGUUUUCGGAAGAGUGUCCAAGUUUCGGCACUUGAAGGGUACUCCGGGGCACAAAUCUACGCAUAUUGAGAAUAUACGCAAUAUCAGUCGCCAAAUAUCCGGCGAAUGCGAUGGCUUUCACGCUAAUCCCGAUCGAGUGGCUGUACCCUUGAGUGGCCCAGGUGGAAAGAUAGCAGUAUUGGAAUUGAAGAAAACUGGAAGACUGCCCGAUGGAGUUAUGCCGGCGUUAGUCCACGGCGCGACCGUAAUGGACUUCCAGUGGGAUCCGUUCGACAAUCAGCGACUAGCAGUUGCUUGUGACGACGGAAUAAUUCGCUUGUGGGAAAUACCCGAGUCUGGUUUAGCGGAACCGACAAACGAAUCGAAACACAUCAUAGAAGCCCACACCGAUAAGAUUUAUCUGAUCAAGUUUCACCCGCUGGCGUCGAACGUUCUUGCAUCCGCCUCGUACGAUAUGACCGUCAAAAUCUGGGACUUGUCACUCUUGUCAUCUACCGACACGGUAAUUGCGAGAAUCACGUUGAUCGGUCACACCGAUCAGAUAUUCAGCUUGGCAUGGUCACCGUGCGGCCAGUACCUCGCCAGCGCAUGCAAGGACGGUAAAUUGCGAAUUUACAAGCCUCGAUCGAGCGACGUUCCUGUGAAAGAGGGAAAAGGCCCCGUCGGAACGAGAGGUGCGAGAGUUAUAUGGGCGCUCGAAGGCAGAUAUCUCGUUGUGAUGGGUUUUGACAAAGUUUCUGAAAGACAGAUUUACGUAUUUAAAGUGGACAAUUUAAAUACUCCUUUGAACACUGUUGGAUUAGAUGUCUCGCCUGCCAUACUAAUGCCAUAUUAUGAUGAGGACAGCUCUACGCUUUUCUUAACCGGACGUGGUGAUUCUACAAUAUAUGCAUUCGAAGUAACCGAGGAAGCACCACAUUGCUGCCCAUUGAGUCACCACAGAUGCAGUAGCUUGCACCAGGGCUUGUCAUUCCUUCCAAAAAAUAAGUGUGACGUGGCCAGCGUGGAGUUCGCUUCUGCUUUGAGGCUAACAAAUAACACAAUAGAGCCUUUAAGCUUCACCGUGCCGCGUAUAAAGAGCGAAUUAUUCCAAGACGAUCUCUUUCCUCCAACUAAAGUUAUUUGGAAACCGACUUUAUCCGCGUCAGAGUGGUUUAACGGUGGCAAUAAACAGCCAUCUAGGAUGAGUCUUAAGCCACCUGGUAUGGAUAAUUUAUCUGAGAGUCAACCUCAAAGUGCAGUUACACCUCCCCAAAUUGCAAACAAACCAUCACCGACCCCUUUUGGUAUCACCACACAACCUUUUAGUAGAUUAGGAUGGAAUCCGGACAUUAAAGCAAAACAAGAAGAGAUCCAGAAAACUAUGAGCCAUUUUGUGGGAGAUGUCAUCCAAUGUUCGCUAGAACAAGAUCACAUGGAAGGUGUCGAGGAACACGAGUGGGACGAGUGAAAAUUGAAGACUUGUGGAUAGAUGCAAACUGGUAAGGUAAAAAUCUAAAAAAAACCGUAGUUGAUCGAGCCGCGUAAAUUAUUUAUAAGUUAGAAUUAUAUAUCGCGCGAAUGGCAACAAUAUCGCAGUGUUACUGUGUAUAGAGUGAGAGAGACAAGUUGUAUCGGGGAGAUAUACUUCCAACGAUUUUCUUUUGCGGAGGAAGUAAGAGACAAGUACAGUGUUUUAUAUCAAUUUACAACAAGUAAUACUCAUUUUUUCGUAAAUCUAGCUUAGGAUUUUGUAAUUGCAUUUUUCAAUGCAUAGAAAUAAGAAUCCAGGCCUUGUUGUGAACUGCAUUAUAAUUUAAAGUUGAAACGAUAAACGGAGUAAAUGGCACACCAAGAGAUUUCGUAAUCUGGCUGAAUCAAUGCAAUAUUGAUGCAAUUUGAUAUAGCGCAGUGUCGAUAUGACAACACUGUCCUUAUAUAAAACCAAAAUGCGUGAUUAUAGCUCUAGUCCCAAAUCAUUUUUCUUUAAUCGCUUAAUUUGCCUCACCAAGGUAUUUCAGAUAAUUCUAUAGUAUUUUAUAGUAUAUCACUGUAGAGAUUAUAUUAGAUGUAGAAUAUGCUUAAUUAUUGUCAAGAGAAUUGAGAAGCUUGUAAUACGAUUUGACAAUAGUUUUCAUCCAUCUAUUUAAUGAAUAUCAGUUUUGGAAGUUCAGUGGAUGAGUAAUUCUUCUUAGAGAGCAAGUAUGCUAGUAUAUUCAUUACGCUUUUCAGUACCGAGUGUGAACGAUAUCGAUUGUGUCAGAGACAAUUAUUGACGAGUAUUUAUUCGCUAUAUAUAUCGAAUAUUAGAAUGAUCAAUUUUCCUAUGAGAAAAAAAAUCGCAUUAAUGUGCCAUUUUUGUGAAGCGACAGACGUUAACGUCCAAUCUGUCGUUAAUAAGAAAGAGAGAAAAUAGUAUUACAAACGGUUAUUAGGUCUUUAAAAGUUAUUUAUUUCGCGGUGAAGUCGACAUUCCUUAUUUAACUUAAUUUAACUGCCACACAUCAGUGCCAGAUUUAUCCUCGUUUCAGUAUUCAGGUGUCAAUAAUGGUCUCAAUGUAUAUGUCAUAAUAUAAUCUAUCAUCGUAUAUGUGUGAUAAGAGAGCGCAAAUGACAGUCUCGUCGUAGGAUUGUGGGUCAGAUGGUUUUCUACGAUAUUUCGUAUCCUUAUACGCACAUACAAAAAAAAAGACAUUAUACAAAAUAAUUGAUAAAAUACAACGCGUAAAUAAGUAAUCGUAAGCCAAUAAUUUAAUAGUAUGGCGAAGUAUAUUUCAAUUUAUGCCUCGAUCGGUGAGCAUUGAGUACUCUGCAAGAUUCAAAUGAUAUAAAUUGAAAAAAAAAAUGACUGAUCCUUUUUACAAUAAUCUUUCUUAUCAGAAUACUGAAUCUAAAACAAUUGCCGAUUUGUUAAGCGAUAAUCUUUUUAUGAGAAUAUUCAGAUCAGAAUAUUUCAUCUCGUUUUUAUGUGUUUUUUUUUACACAAGCUAGUCGUUAUAAAAAAUAAUGGUACUAUGUCCUCCAAAAACAAAUUUUAUAAUUGGCGGUAGAACGCUAACUUUUCUUUAUGAAAAAUUGAUUAAUGAUAUGUAUAUAACUUCAUUAUCUUUCAUAAAUCAUAUCUCGGCACGCGAAUACAUUUGAUCAACAUAGUGCCAAAAAUCUAUUAUCAAUAGUAUUUUUUGUAUCUUGCGCAUUUUAAAUCUGUAAGGUGUUCCGAAACAUUCGAAAGUAUUAAGAAAUUUUCUAUACGUGUCAAAGGUAAAGAAAUAAGACGAAACUUGAUUUAUCGCUGCCAUUUUUUUGUAUCGUUCGUAAUACUGCCUUUAUAUUGUAUUAUGAAAGAAGGAGGUACGAUAGUGUUGCAUAUCUUAAUGUAAUUUUUUUAAUUCGAGUAUUCGUAUGUUAUACUAUAUUGCAAUUACAAUCCAGAUUUGUAACCAUUUUGCAGUUUUCAAGUGAGCUCUAUCUGUUUGCGACCAGAUUAUGAAUAAUGAAGCGCGAUCUUUUACAGCACGAGAUUCGAGAUGGGGAUGCAUAAUAAAAAAAAAAAGAAAGAAAGAAAACAUAUACGAGACUCUGAAUGUUUCACGCCACUCGAUUUCGUGCUCUGUAAAUCACCGCUGUCUAAAUAAUUUUAUCAUAUAGUAAUGUACCUUUAUAUCUCAAUCUUAUAACGUUCAUGUAUUUCAGCUAUAAAAUCUUUUUAUCAAAAAA